AUGUCCAAAUCUUACUUCGUCUCUGGUGGUAAUCGUGGAAUUGGAUUUGCCCUCGUCAAAUUGCUCAGCUCUGACUCUCAAAACACGGUGAUUGCCGGUGCCCGCAAUGUGGAAGGUGCCUCUGAACUGAAGAAAUGGGCCGAUUUGCAUUCUAACGUGAAUAUCGUGUCGUUGGACGUUUCCAUCGCUGCAAGCAACGAAGGGGCUGCCAAAGAAGCCGCUCGUAUUUUACCAGAUGGACUCGACGUGCUGAUUGCAAACGCCGGCAUCUCAAAGUCCUACAACACUAUUUUGGAGAGCUCUGACGAUUUGUACUACGAACAUUUCACGGUCAAUACCUUGGGCCCUAUCCGAAUUUUUCGCGCUUUCAAAAGUUUGUUGGACAAGAAGUCGACUAAGCACUUCGUGGUAGUGUCUUCUGCGGCGGGUUCUCUUGCCAACAACAUCGAUUUCCCCAUCUCAACCUCUUGCUACGGUUUAUCAAAAGCUGGGCUCAAUUUAGCUGAGUCCGGAGGGCUACGAGAUUGCGGUUGUUCAUCCUGGUCUCGUCGGAACCGACAUGGGCUAUCAGGCUUUGAACGAUGUCAGGUUCAAAGAUGUGUUUGA